GCUCGGUCGGGCAGGCAGCCUGGCGCGGGCGCGGGGCGCACGGGCGCGGGGACUGCAAGCGCCGCGCCGUCCGCCCGAUGAGCGCGAUGCGGCGCCGCGCCACCCGGGGGCCCGGCACGCCGCCUCCCCGGGCCCGGGUCCCGCCGCUGCCGCUGCUUCUGCUCGCGCUGGCCGCCCGUGGGGGCUGCGCCGCACCCGCGCCCCGAGCCGAGGACCUCAGCCUGGGAGUGGAGUGGCUGAGCAGGUUUGGCUACCUGCCCCCAGCAGACCCGGAAACGGGGCAGCUGCAGACGCCAGAGGAGCUGUCCAAGGCCAUCGUGGCCAUGCAGCGGUUCGGAGGCCUGGAGGCCACUGGCGUCCUGGAUGAGGCCACCCUGGCGCUGAUGAGAACCCCGCGCUGUUCCCUCCCUGACCUCCCAGCUGCAGCCCUGGCUCGAAGGAGGCGCCAGGCUCCCGCCCCGACCAAGUGGGGCAGGAGGAACCUGUCAUGGAGGGUCCGCACGUUCCCGCGGGACUCGCCCCUGGGCCGCGACACGGUACGCGCGCUCAUGCACUACGCGCUCAAAGUCUGGAGCGACCUCACACCCCUGAACUUCCACGAGGUGGCCGGCAGUGCCGCCGACAUCCAGAUCGACUUCUCCACAGCUGACCACAACGACCGCUACCCCUUCGACGGCCCCGGCGGCGCGGUGGCCCACGCCUUCUUCCCGGGCGACCACCACACCGCAGGGGACACCCACUUUGACGACGACGAGGCCUGGACGUUCCGCUCCUCAGAUGCCCACGGCAUGGACCUGUUCGCAGUGGCUGUCCACGAGUUUGGCCACGCCAUCGGGCUGAGCCACGUGGCGGCCACACGCUCCAUCAUGCAGCCGUACUACCAGGGCCCAGUGGGCGACCCGCUGCGCUACGGGCUCCCCUAUGAGGACAGGGUGCGCGUCUGGCAGCUGUACGGCGUGCGGGAGUCCGUGUCCCCAACGGCACAGCCGGACACCCCGGAGCCCGAGGAGCCGCCCCUCCUGCCGGAGCCCCCUGACGAUCGCUCUAGCAGCCCGCCCAGGAAGGAUGUGCUCCACAGAUGCAGCGCCCACUUUGAUGCCGUGGCCCAGAUCCGAGGCGAGGCCUUCUUCUUCAAAGGCAAGUACUUCUGGCGGCUGACCCGGGACCGGCACCUGGUGUCCCUGCAGCCGGCACAGGUGCACCGCUUCUGGCGGGGCCUGCCGCUGCACCUGGACAGCGUGGAUGCCGUGUACGAGCGCACCAGUGACCACAAGAUCGUCUUCUUCAAAGGAGACAGAUACUGGGUGUUUAAGGACAAUAACGUAGAGGAAGGAUACCCGCGGCCCAUCUCGGACUUCGGCCUCCCGCCGGGCGGCGUCGAUGCUGCCUUCUCCUGGGCCCACAAUGACAAGACUUAUUUCUUUAAGGACCAGCUGUACUGGCGCUACGAUGAGCACACACGGCGCAUGGACCCUGGCCACCCCGCCCAGAGCCCCCCAUGGAGGGGCGUCCCCAGCACGCUCGACGCUGCCAUGCGCUGGUCCGACGGUGCCGCCUACUUCUUCCGCGGCACGGAGUACUGGAAGGUGCUGGACGGCGAGCUGGAGGUGGCGCCCGGGUGCCCGCAGUCCACGGCCCGGGACUGGCUGGUCUGCAGAGACCCGCCCGCUGACCCCGAGGGCGCAGACGGAGAGGCCGGGGCCCACGCCCGGCCGGGGCAGCGCGACCACAGCCGCUCAGAGGACGCCUACGAGGUCUGCUCCUGCACCUCCAUCGCCGCCCCAGCACCGCGGGCCGCGGACCCACUGCUGGCCGCGCUGCUGAGCUUCCUGUGGACAGCGGCCCGGGCCCUGGCGCUAUGACAUUCGGCGCUGGCCUGCGACAGGACAGAAGGGGCCACGGCCCAGAGCCACAAAGUGCAAGGACUGAUGCCCGCCCCUCCAGCGCCUGAGCCAAGCGUCCCUGCAGAGCGGACCCCGCCUUGCAGAUGGGGACGGCGCCACCAGCCCCCGGGCCGAGGCCACCGGGUGCAGCCUCCCCGACUCGGCAGAGGCCAGCAGAGGGCGCUGCUCCCCGGGCGCGGAUGCAGGGGGAGCGCCCGCCUGGCCUGCCUGCCCUCUGCCAGCUGGGGAGAUUGCGGCACGUCCCGGCCGGAUCGGGGCCGGGAGCCGUCCUUUCAGCGAGCGAGUGACUGAAUCUCACGGAGACUGACCGAGGAGCCAGGGGUAGGCAGGGCUGGGGGCGUUACAUCAGGUCCGCAGGCCCUGGCAAGAGCAGCCCGGAGGCCCACGGGCAUCCCCUCCCCAUCACCUGCCGCAAAGCCGCCCCUGGUGCUUCCGCCCGCCCGUGGGGCUUCCUCUCCCGGUCCCAGUGGGCCUUGACGAGGGCAGCCGCCUCCACGGGCGAGCCCCCAAGCUGGGGCCGUGGUGGGCUUCCCUUGUGACGCGUUUCAGACAAACACGAUCUCUUCCUGCUUUGUAACGGCUCAGGCUCGGCUCCCUGACGUGCCCAGGCGGUCCGAGCGUGGGCGUCCUCCGGAGCUUCAAGAGGCUCUGCAGACCUGGUCCCAGACCACCUGCACUCUGGGGUGGGGGGCCUCCAGGAAGGCCUGUGCAGUGGUCACCAACACCUUCCUGCCCAGCGCCUCCUUGACAACUCCAUGACCCCUGGGACAUUACACCCAUUUCACAGAUGGACAAGCUGAGGCCCAGCUCAGGGAAACGAGCCUCCUGCCCGCAGGCAGGGGUCGGGCCGAGUCAGGUCUCAGGACCUGGGGUUCUGGCACGUUCACCCAACCCUCCCUGAUGGAUGGAGUGCCUACCUGCACGUGCAGGUACUGCUCUCAGUGUGGAACGUGCAGAACGAGACAAGGUCUUGGGUGAGGCACCUGGGACGCCGUCUGCCACCCCGAAUGCCCUGGAGGGCCUCCCAACAGGAAGUGCGGGGAGGUGGCUCCACCCCAUUGCUCCUUCUGCCCCGGGCUCCGAGGCCAGGACGGCGGCCGCUGCUCUCCCACCCGGAGGGGCGAGGCAUGGGAGCUGGACCCCCUUCACCCGGGAGGGCGACCUUUCCCAGAAGCCCUGGCUGCCUGCCCGCUCCCACUGGCAGGGAGUGGUUGAUCAGUGCUUCUCCUGGGGGUGCGUGGACAUGGGGGUGGGUCGGUCCUUGCCCAUCCCUGUCACGGCCUUAGAUAACCCCAAAGGUAGGGUCACCUGGGUUGAGAACCUCUGGUCUAGAGGAAUCACCACCCCUCCCUGGGGCUGGGGGAGGUGAACACCUGCAGCAAAAAUGGUGUCGGUUAGGAAGAGGAGGGUAGGUGAGGUGAGCAUCAGGCCAUGAGGGGGUGCGAAGAGCCCCUGCAGGGGCUGCUUCAGAGCAGGGGUUCCUCCAGGCAGGGUGCCCAGCCAGCAGUAUCGGCCUCACCAGAGCCGGUAGAAAUGCAGAUUCUCGGGCCUGGCCCUACCUGCUGAUCAGAAGGCUGGGGGUGGGGCUGGCCAUGGGUUACCCGCCCCCCAUCCUGUAAGUGUGACACACGGGGAAGUUUGUGAACAGCUGCUUUCCAGGGGGCUCCAGAAAGGCCGCCUGAGCAGGGGAAUGAGCAGAAACAAAGGGAGGGGAAGGAGUUGGUUGUGCAGCGAUCAGAGGGAAGAGGCCGGCCGGGGUGGGGGGACGGGGGGGGGAGGGCAAGUGCACACGUCCUGGGGUGCAAUGGGCCUGCUCCAGCAGAAGACCCUGCAUCCUCGAGAUUUUCCAGGAGGAGAGCGGGACGAGCAAGGCCAGCCCACGUGGGGGAUUGUAGGCUGCUCGAAGGCAUUGGGACUCAUUCCCUGCAUUGUGGGAAGUUAUCACCCCCCCGCCCCGCUCUAGGGUGAGGCAGAAACAUUCGCAUUUUCAGAAGAGAGCUCAGGCUCCGGCAGCUGCACACCUCCACCCCUACCUGAUGCCCAGGUAGCAGAGGCAGGCUCAGGGCCCAUCCCGGGAUGAGUGGAUGCCAUGGCCAGGCAGGCAGUCUCCCGGCCAGGCCCCAUGCUCACUGAGCCAGGCCAGGCCCCAUCUCACAUCCAUCUGUCCGCCAUCUGGUCCCUGGACCCAGGAAGGGUCUCCGCCCAUCCGACCACACCAGAUGGACUAAAGGUCCCUCCUGGGGGAACAGGCUACCUCUGCUCAUCAAGGACGCCCCCGCGUGGUCCCACUUCAUCCUCCAGCAGCCUGCGGGGGGUCGGGGGGGCAGUCCUAGGCCCUCAUGAUAGGGGCCCCAGGUCCCCUGGGCACACAGCCCGUGGGUCAGAGCCGGCAGUGGACCGGGUCUACAAGAACCCAGGCUCUCUCAUGGUGGGUGGUGGUCUUACUCCUGUGUUAAAGCCAAAGACCAUUUUAUAAAACGUUCCCACUAAUUCUGUCUCACAUGAAGUAAACGGUAGACACAGAAGUGGUGCAUCUCUGUGUUCAGUCCUAAAGGACAAAUUAGCAGUAAAAGUAGUAGCAACAACAGCUGCUCCCGCCAGGGGCUGCAAACCAGGGAUCUGGGCACUGAACAAAUCCAUGGAAAUA